GUUUUGCGGAGUGUACGUUUUUACUAUUUCCAUUACGAUCACGAUUUAAUACAAUAUAAUAUUACGGUAUUUUCUUAAGUCUUGGCUUUCAUAGAUCAAUGUGAACAUCAUAAAGUACAAAAUAAUCCAUCUUGCCAUAGAUAAUAGAGUAUCUAUGUGUAUUUUUCCCGCUUAUCAUUCAACAUAUGUUCGUGUUAUCACGACCGAAUUCGUGAUCGUGAGUUAAAAAAAAAAUCUAAAAACCAGAUACAUCGAAAACGGUAUCGUUUUCUUUCUUAACGAGCUAUACAUUUUGACGAUCAACUCACGAGCAGCCACCAUGUCGUUAUUCAGGUACUCGUAUUACGAUACUCCGGACGGCAAGGACCUCGUAAAAAAACUGUUCUACACCAACAAACAAGUGUCCAUCAUUGGGUUCGGGCUGGCGACAUCAGAGAUCAUCUUGGUCAGCAAACCUUUUGGAUAUAUGAACACCGCAUACAGAUAUGGCCAGUUGAUGGGACCGAUGUUAGCUGCCACAACAACGUUCUGUGUAGUGACUCACAUCGCCACCAACUUACGUGGAAAAGAUGACAUGGUGAACUAUGCCAUUGGUGGUUUCUCCACCGGUAUACUAACAGGCAUACUGAUAAAACAAAAAAUGAUUGGUUUUUGGAUGGCAGUCUCGAUGGCAUGCAUCGGUGCAGCCAAGAAGCAUUCAAAACUUAACAAUUAUGAAUUCUAUCCCACUUAUCCUCAAGUUCGUAAACCAAUCUACGGAGAUUUCAAAACACCAUACAAUAAUUGGACUGUAUAUGAACAUCGACCAAAAGGAUGGUUAGCUGUCGAAGAACGAAAGCAAUAAAUAAGAGUGUACUAACAGCAGUUCAUAAUAAUGCAAUAAGUAUGUGAGUUUACAAUUUAAGUAGUUAUGAAACAUUAUUGAUAAUAUGUUUUGUUUGUUAUAUAGUGUUUGAUUUGAAUUACAAAUACAUAUUGAUAAAACAUAGUUUUGUUUCCUUUGCAUUAGACAGUUAUUUUUUUUAAAUAAAUACUUGUAAUAAUUAUUUAUAAAAAUUAAAAAAUUGUCAAGAUUAUUUUAUAAAAAAUUUGUCUAAAAUACAACCAUCGUUUUUUUAAA